ACCCAGCUCUGAUCCAUAUGUAACAGUUUAGGCUUCUUGACAAAUAAAAUGUAUUUUCUGAAAGUGGAGAAACUUCUAAGGAAUAAAACUAGUGGUUUGCUUCGUAAUCUAAAUUUGCAUAAAGCUGUUCUCAACAUGUAUUGCAAUUUCAUAUACCAACAGUGUGUAAAACUGUAAAGAAUAGCAUGCAGAGAUGAUGCUUGUUGUUUGAUGUACGUAUUAUUUUCUUUGAGUGUAGUAUAUCAAUAAUUUUAAUGAAAAAAGGAUGUCGUUAUGCUGACUGGACUUGAACAUUACAAGAUUGCAGAAUGAAACGUACUGGUUCAAUGAAGGAUUACAUCUACAGUUUGCUGAUCCAAAUUAACAGAAUGUCUAAACGAAGUGUGAGGAAUUCCAGGGGAAAAUUAGAGAUUCGAUUACAGCCAACUAUUCUACGCCGAAAACGGAAAGCAGUGAAAGAGUUUGAGGGCAGUGUGAGAGAGAAUGAAGUGAGUAAAAGACGACAGGAAUUAGAAAAUCAGGCUUGCUGGGAUCCAGGUAGCCAAGAAAGUAACAGUCAAGAUGAAAGCUGUUGUUCCAUUGCUUCUACAACUAUGAGUGCCAGCACAAGCAGUAGUUCCGAACAAAUGCCUGAUGGUCAGAGAACCCCUUCUGACAUGCUUCCUUCCCUCACCCUUAGUCAGUUUCGUGGACUAACGUGUAUACUCACCCCAGAAGCACACAGUAAACGAGACUCUCCUUUACCCCAUUUCUCCUGGGCAGACCCUCAAGAAGUCUGGGAACUCAUGGUUCAGAAGGACUCAGUUUACCCUCGAGAUCCCAAGCUGCUUUGUCGGCACCCUGGUCUCCAAGCUCGAAUGAGGGCAAUUUUAUUAGAUUGGUUAAUAGAAGUUUGUGAGGUAUACAGGCUCCAUAGAGAAUCAUUUUAUUUAGCACAAGAUUUUAUUGACCGUUACCUCGCCACUCAGCAGAAUGUGCCAAAACAACAACUCCAGCUCUUAGGAAUAACUGCUUUAUUUGUUGCUGCCAAAAUAGAGGAAAUUUACCCACCUAAGCUGUCAGAAUUUGCUUAUGUCACAGAUGGAGCAUGUACAGAUACAGAAAUUCUAGAAAAGGAACUAGUCUUACUCAAAACACUGAAUUGGGAUCUGACACCAAUGACUGUUAACAGUUGGUUGAAUAUAUACCUACAACUUGCUGAUGACCCUUCAAGUACACGUGGAGAUGAUUUUUUAGUUCCAGACUAUUCAGGGCACAUAUUUGUACAGGUUGCACAGUUGAUGGAUUUGUGUAUCUUAGAUGUGGGAUGCCUUCAAUUUCCUUAUAGUGUAGUAGCAGCAUCUGCUUUAUGUCAUGUGACAUCUGAAAAUCUUGCAACAUCUGUGUCAGGAUUAAAGAAAAAUGAAUUGGCAGCCUGUGUACAGUGGAUGGUUCCAUUUGCUAAAGCAGUAAGAGAAAAUGGUGGAGCCCAACUGAAGUUUUUUCAUCAGGUGACAUUGGAUGACAUGCAUAACAUACAAACACAUAGUGUUAAUCUUCAGCUACUGGAGAAAGCCCAGGCUCGACAAGUAGAAGCAAUGACAUUGUCUGUACAAGCCAGCCCACAGUCAGAAUAUGGAGCUUUAACACCUCCUCAAAGUAGUGAAAAAGAAUCUUCAGAUUUUGGUUCCCCAUUAUGAUUUGUAACAAUAUCCUAGAUGCUGGAGGUUUAGUGUACUGUGACAUUGUUUAUGUCUUUGUGGGUGGUUGCAGUGAAGUGAAAAUUAAACAUGUUGAGAUUACAUUUAUGAAUAGUGUGAAAAAAGAUUUUUGUAUUAAACAUAAAGUUAAAAUAUGACCAAAUAAAUGCAGAGUAACUAAGUGUGGUUAAAAGAAAAAAUUGUGUUGCCUGCAAUUGAGAUAAGAAUUUCAUAUUUUGGCUUUCAUUGUAGCCACCAGGGAGUUUAAAUGUUCUAAAGAAGUUCAGGAACAUAGUGGUAUUAGCAAUGCUGGAAUCAAACAUAUCUAGUUUUUUUUUAUACCAUGGAAUAUCUUGGGUUUAUAUAUGAUUUAAUGUUCUUUGUAUUUCGAAAAUACUUAAAAGUUCUCCUUUAAACAGGAUUUUUUAAAUUGUAUGUGAAUCUUAUUGAUGUACAGUAACACUGCCAUGUAUUUAUUUACUGUCAGGGAAAACUUGAAUGUGUGAGUCAAAACUUCAUAGGUUCAGAAACAGAGAAUGUGUGAAGUGAGGGUGAGAAACAAAUGAAUUCAAUUAGAAUAUUUUAUAUGGGCAACAUAUACUGUAGUAAAUUUUACCUAUGUUACCCAUAUUUUAUUUUGAGAUGAUUGAAUUUAUGAAUCCUUAUUGAUUUUUGACAUAUUUUCACAAAUUUAGUAUGACCUUAAAACUAGCCAAAUGAUUUUCAUAUGUUACAAUCUAAGAAAUGUAUUAUUGAUUCUAUUGGCUCAGUUCUGGUAUUUUGCAUUUUAAUAUUAAUAUUAUUUAAAACUAUUUAGUAUACCUAUUUUGUACAUUACAAUUUGAUUUGAUUCAAAACACAUGCAUGCAUAUAUAUAUGUAUAUGGGUUAAAAUGGUGGGUGGGCAAAUGUUUUAAUUUAAAAUAAAAUAUAUUUUACUAAUUCUCAGAAAUGCAAUGCUUUUUAAAUGUUGAUAAUAGUGUUUUAAAAUUCAUGUUUCUUCAGAAGUUAAAUAGGGCUUUUGUAAUGAUUUAUUAGUCACAAAAUUU